CGUGAGUGAACUCCCCCCGAUCUAUUCGUCUCGCCGUGAUAAGUUAACUGCGGACGGAAUGCGCGCGGCGUCUGCUGGCGUGGAUGUGACCAGCGGAGACGACAACCGACCUCGUCGUAGCGGUUAAAUGGGCAGUGUUGCGAUGGAUGAGCAGGCGCUCCGGGGUUUGGGGCCCGUGGCCGAUUCGUGCGCGCAGCACAGGGCAUUGGCAUACUUUGAACAGCUGAAAGCCUCCGAAGAUGGCUGGCAGCUGUGCGCCGAUGCCCUCAUUCGUGGUUUCUACAGUGAUGACCACAUCAAAUUCUUCUGUUUUCAAGUACUGGAACAUCACAUCAAGCACAGGUAUCCGGUGCUGCUCUGCGCCCAGCGGCAGCUCAUUCGGGACACCAUGAUGACCUGGCUACAGACGCAGACCGUGCGCGACACGCCAGAGAAGCCGUUUGUCCGCAACAAAGCGGCCCAGAUCUUCUCGCUGCUCUUCAUCUCCGAGUAUCCGACCACCUGGCCCAAGUUCUUCUUCGACGUCCUCUCCGUGGUGGGCUCGGCACCAGGCGGGGUCGACCUCUACCUACGAAUCCUGGUGGCCAUCGACGUCGAGGUGGUGGACCGCGAGAUCCUGCACACGCCCGAGGAAGCGCGACGCAACAUCCUUAUCAAGGACCACAUGCGUGAGCACUGCGUGCCCGACCUGGUGGAGUCGUGGUACCAGAUCCUGCACACCUACCAGUGCAGCAACGCCGAGCUCACCUGCCUGUGCCUGGACGUCAUCGGAGCCUACGUCUCCUGGAUCGACAUCAACCUCAUCGCCAACGACAGGUUCGUGGGGCUGCUGCUGAGCCACCUGUCGGUGGACAUGCUGCGCGAGUCGGCGUGCGACUGCCUCUUCGAGAUCGUCGGCAAGGGCAUGGACCCCGUGGACAAGACCAAACUGGUGGAGCUGCUCAGCCAGGUGCUGCAGGCCGCCGGCUUCUUCAACCUCAAGCAGGAUGACGAUGUGGACUUCCUGGCGCGCUUCUCUAAGCUGCUCAAUGGCAUGGGGCAGAGCCUGCUGCAGAGCGCCGGCAAGCUGGCGAAGAGCGGGGACGUCGCCAACUCUGAGCGGGCGCUUAGCGGCGCCGAGAGCAAGGUGCCCGUCGUGCUGGAGCUGCUGGCGCACGAAGACGACGACAUCUCUCUCAACGUCACCACCUUCUGCUACGACUACCUGCACGCUGUCAAGCAGCUUCCGUCAUUGUCAGACCAGCAGAGGGCAAACGUAGAGGCAAUCCUCAUGGCCAUCAUAAAGAAGCUCGCAUACGACGAAGAGUUCAACUUCGAGAAUGAGGGAGAGGAGGAGGCCAUGUUCAUGGAGUACCGCAAGCAGCUCAAGCUCUUGCUGGACAAGCUGGCGCAGGUGGCACCGGAGCUGCUUGUGAUCACCGUGCACCGCGUGGUCACCGCCACCCUGCAGAACUGGAAGGAGGCCAAGUUCCUGGAGGUGGAGGUGGCCCUGCGGCUGCUCUACAUGCUGGGCGAGGCGAUCCCCGUGUCGCAGGGCGUCCACUUCUCGGGGGACCCGGCCAAGGCCUCGGCAAUGCAGGAGAUGAUGCGCAUCAUGGUCACGUCGGGAGUGAGUCACUACGCGCACCCGGCCGUCACCCUGCAGUUCUUCGAGACGGUGGUCCGCUACGACAAGUUCUUCUCCUUGGAGCCGCAGCACAUUCCCGAGGUUCUGAUGGCGUUCCUUGACGGUCGGGGUCUCCGGCACGGCAGCCUGAAGGUGCGCAGCCGCUGCUCCUACCUGCUCUCGCGCUUCGUCAAGGUGCUCAGCAAGCACAUCUUCCCAUUCAUGGAGGAGAUCUUGACUCGUGUGCAGGACCUCCUCACCCUCACGCCAAGGGAGAACGGUCUGCACGGGCUGCUGAGCAGCGAGGAUCAGCUGUUCAUCUACGAGAUGGCGGGCGCCCUGAUCGUGAGCAGCGAGACGCCGGCAGAGCGCAAGGCGCUGCUCAUGGGGAACCUGCUGCUGCCGCUGACCCAGGCCUUCCCGGGCCUGCUCGCCAAGCUGCUGCACGAGCCCGACCAGGAGCGCCAGGUGGCCAUCGCCGACUGCCUUAGCCACGCGGUCGGCUUUGUCAGCCGCACGAGCAAGGCGUUCAGCAGCAAGCAGACAGUGCGCCAGUGCGGCUGCGCCGACGUCUACCUGCAGUGCCUGCGGCUCUUCCUGCCGGCGCUCGGCUGCCCCGUGCAGCGCGAGGCUCUGCGCGGCGCCGUGCGCACCUACCUGCACCGCAUGGUCGUGUGCCUGGAGGAGGAGGUGCUGCCCUUCCUUCCCGAGGCGCUGCAGGCUUCGCUGCGCGACUGCGAGCCGCGCGACAUCCAGGAGCUCAUCCCGCUCCUCAACCAGGUCAUCGGCAAGUUCAAGGCCCAGAUAGUUUCGUUCCUGCAGCAGGUGUUUGUGCCGCUUGUGACGACGGUGUUCGAGGUGCUGGCGCGGCCCGCCGAGGAGAACGACCAGUCGGCGGCGCUGGACCGCCAGGCGCUGCGCCGCAACUACUUCCAGUUCAUCUACUGCAUCGUGAGCAGCGGCGUGGCCGACGUCAUCUCCAGCCAAGGAUCGGCUCAGAUGGAGCAGGUGCUCGUCACGGUCAUCCAGGGCGCCGUGGAAUUUCCCGAUCCCGUCGCCCAAAAGAUCUGCUUCAACAUCCUCUCGAAGCUCGUUGAGCUGUGGGGCGGCAAAGACGGCUUGCCUGGCUUCGGGGACUUCAUGUACAAGAGCAUCGUCCCAGCGUGCUUCAUGGCACCACUCAAGCCCACCUUCGAUCUGAUGGACGCUCAGACCAUAUUGGCUCUUGCGGAGUGCGCCUCCACUCUGAAGAUAAUUCUUCAGAAACGAGGCCCCGAGUUGACUCGCUUCCUGCAGCACGACUACCUCCCCACCCUGUCCAUGGCUCCGGAGGUCACCGAGGAGUUUUGCCAAGCACUGGAGCAGGCAGACCUUAAAGUGUUCAAAAACUAUCUCAAGGCUUUCUUCCAACGUGCCAAGUCAUGACAGUUGAAGAUUUGGGCUGAGCGACGGAGUCUUCGCUGAACUCGAUUGUCAACCACCGGAUGGACUUUUCCUGGAAUAUUGACGACGGCCAGAAGGAUUGAAAGUUUGAGGUUGGGGUUAUUAAGGGGGGGGGACGGGGCGGGUGGGGGGAGGGGGGGCAAGGGGGUAGUACAAACAACAAAAUCUCAAGAUCUUUGCAGGAAGAAUUUUUGUCUGUGCAUAGCAACGUUUUACUUGCGGACUAUAUUUGUAAAUACUAAUUAUAACGGUCGAAACCCCCUAGUGUUCAUUGUUUUAAUAAUGUACAAACUGUCGUACUGGAAAACGUGAUGAGGCCGCAUCGAUUGUCGUAUCGGGGAUGGCUCUGUGCGCUCGCGCCGGGCAAAGCGGUCUUUUCUCAACCGCGACGUUCAGUUCGAAGGUCAACCUGCCCCUGACCCCACACCCUGCCCCCCCUCUUGCGUUGCUGAUGUAUUUCACGUUUCCUCUUCACUUGGCAAAAGCCCGAAGCCUUCACGGGGCCUUGCGUCACCACACGAGGAUGAGCCGGUGGUUGUGAAGGCUUGCCGACAGGAGACUCCUCCUGGUUGGUUGCCGACGGAAUUCCUCCCCCGGCACCGCCACCGCCUUCCCCCCCCAACCAACCAACACGAGUGGUGCGUCCACUGAGGAGUUGCCAAGCAGUUGCAGUCAGAAAACUUGAUAACCCACGGGAGGAAAGGUCUCCGUUGUGCAGAAGUUAGCACCAAUAGUAUUGAAAUGCAUUCCGAUAAGGUUAGCAUUUGGUUAUCUUUAAUAUAUAUACAAAUAUAUAGUUUAUGUAUUUUGGUUCUAUCAAGUUUUUUUUUUGUUCCAGGUUGGCUGUCCUAUUUAUUUUUGAGUCGCGCGGUUGUCUACGUGCGGUGCGCAAGAAGUUCUCUCCAUGCGUACGUUUGUGUAUUCGUUAUUUUGGUUUUGUGCGCCUGGGUGAUUUGUCCUCCAGUCCUCCAGUGGCUGCAAGGGGCUCACCCGGAACCGAUAAAACAAAAAACCGGCAUCGUGAAUUCUUCGGGUUUCCGAUGCAAGCUUUGUAGCUAAUGUUUAUUGACAAACUCUUUGUGGCAAGGUCUCUAACAAAAGGGUUUUUAAAAUAUUCUUUGGGUAAAAUCACGUAGAUAGAACAAUAAAAUAUCUACGUGGCUUUACCGAAAGACCCAGACAAUAUGAAUGCCUGCAGUCACGAAAGCUUUAAGUCAAGAUUGAAUUUAAAAUCUGCGGGUCGUUCGUAAAUUGGGUUCUAGUGUGGUGAUUGUAGCCACUCGUGGUCACCGUUUUUACCGCGAUGUAAGAACUUCUUGCAUCAAAUUGUGUCCCUAAAUAUAAUUUAUUUGGAAGGGGGUGUGGCAUGCAAUGAAUAACCCUUAUACCCCUUUUUAUAAAAAUCUAAAACCAUUGUGGGGUGGGUGGUGCAGUGGGCGGCACGCUUGGUUCACUGGUCGGGCCAGAUAUUGGUACCCACCCCUAAGGUAGCAAAACCUUUUCGUUGUCCAGAUUUAUUGACAUGGCUAACGAGUGAAUAAUCUUCACCCCCACGUCAAGUGGUUCUCACGAUUCACUUCAUGAGCCACCUGGGGUGGAACCGUCAAGUCAAUGAACCUGGUGAGGUGACCCAAGUUCAAUUCGAGGCUGCAAUUCCCAUCGGUAGCAAGUGAUGUCAUCUGUAUGGCAGCAGAUGUGUGUUAAAAGUGACCACAUUUCGUCCCAAAGUUCAUAGAUCUCACUAGCAUGACACGAACUCGGAAUCGAGUUGCAUAAUACAUGGGCUUGUAACAACAACCACUCCAGCACCCAAAACACACUGCUAAUCUCUCAGUAUUUUAAUAACGUCAAAGUAUCAACCAGUGUCUCGGAUUAACACUCGAUGGUCACAGCAAUUCAAUAAUUCGAAGGAAAAAAAAACCCAACGUCGCGUGCGUCACAUACACGUGACAAAAGCAAUGCAUCUCGGCGUUCUGGGUAUCGACGAAUAGGAGGCUGCAAAUGUUUCCUCCAGUGAGAUGGUGAAUUAGAAGGUGAAUGGUGUGAAGUGGUCGAGCAUAAACCCGGGGUCGGCAGCGUGUGGCUCUUAAGAGAUUGCUUAGUGACGUCUUUUAUAGAGGACCACCGUACUUGGGGCGCGUUGCGGGUCUUGAAAUAGGAACCUUAUGGCGGCACCCCGGGGUCCCGAAUAAACGGAAGUCAAAAUCGUAAUGAAUUUUUUGACGACUACGUCCCACCGCGCACAUAAACGCUGCGACCCACCAUUCUGUUGUGUCGUCCAAGCACAGCGAGGGCGAAUGUGCAGAAACAAAACUUUGAUUAUCGGAUCGUGUCGAGCACAUCGAGAUGAAUAGAUUGCCGUAUCGUUCGCCUUCAACAGACAUUAAAUUACGUCGCAGCAGUUAUGUGAGAGCCGGGGGCUUAUGGGACCCCGCCAUAAGGUUCAUUUGUCGUUUUUAACCGAAUUCGUGGGGGGGGGGGGGGGGGGGGGGGAGUAAAAAUCUCUCAUUUUUAUUGCCGACCACUGGCAUAGACCCUGCAGGGGCAUGGCGAGAUCGACUCUCAAUGCGAGAAAUCCCUUGAAGCGACAAUCCAAGUGAUGUCGGCGUUUAACGUGUCGUCUUUCACGAUCAAUUAUGGCCAUCGCCUGAUGAAGCUGGUUGUAUCUAACGGUGAAACGUCGUACUCGAGUUUGUAAAUGUUGUGGGUUUCCUGUUUUCAAACACACCGAUGUGCUGAACUUGUAACCAAUUGUUACAUUUUGUUUACGUGACAAACCUUAUUGGCUGUGGCGGGUUUAACGACUUACAUUUAUGCGAUUUAACCCAAAAAAAAACUCUUGCGGAUCCCCGAUGUGUCACCGGUCUCUGCUGCUUCAGCUGUCGCCGCUCUGGCCCCACCUGUGCCGAGGGACAGCCGCGUGCGCGGCGUCUGCCAGCUCGCAGUUGCAUCCCGGCGUCACCGCACAGACGGAGAAUCCUCGGACUCACUCGGUCAAACAUCACGCGGUGACCACGCCAGGGUCGCCUUGACACUCGGCUUGCACCGCCAAACAAAAGCCAACCUCGUUCUGCGCACAAUGUACGCGCCACACUAUCGAGCAAGCGCCGUGACAGGCGACGCCGCGAUUCAACACGACUCUGAGCAUCUCUGCUCUUAAAUGUGCUCGAAAGCAGCAAGGUUGGAGCUCGGAGCUGUGUGCUGGGAGGGAGGGGGUUGAAGGCACAAGCGUUGCUACCAAUUGCACGCGCUUCGUGAAGAAGGGAGCAUUCAACAAAUGCAUCGGAGCGCCCGUUGCGCAACCCUUGGUGAUCCACGCGGCGAGUACGGCCUGCAGGGGGUCUGUGAGGAAAUAAAAAUAAUAACCUCCUUGCCAAAGGAAAUGUAACA